AUGGAGGAAGAAGUGCCUGUGCAGCAUGCCUUGGCCUCAAAACCCAGAGAUAAGCGUGCCUAUCGAUCCAGCGCCUUUCUGCAAGCCCAUAUCUUCUUGGGAGUCACAGUCAGUCUUCUGACACUGUAUCGCUGGCCUCUCCGCUGGCUGUUGUCUGGGGCACCAGUUCUCACGUAUUGUCUAUGGCUGGGUGAAGCGACGGCAUAUCGUGUCUUACAAUUCAUUCCAGUCUGGACUUUGGCGACACUCAUCAACUUGACUUAUACCGUGGCAACAACGUCAUGGCUUCUGUUCGGCUGCUAUCUCCCAGUCUGUUACCUUGCCACAUUCAUUACCUGCCUCUACCAGUUCGACACCCCGGCUCGACUUGUUCGAAGUAUGCUGGGUUCCGUUCUUGAGCAGCUGCACUUUAUCAAUGACAAGGUCGCUUUCUUCAACAUUCCUGCACUGGAGAUCGAUACAGAAGUCGGCGGUCUUAUGGUGAUCAGAGGGCUGACUGUCUCUUUGUCCCAUCUGAGCCUGGUGGCUCACGGUGUCGAGGUUGGCAUCAAGCUAUCAGACGAUAUGGAAUUAGCUAUCGAGGUUGAUGAGGUCAACGUCAAGCUGUUUCGUCGCAUCGACAUUAGUGAUGUCUACGCUAAUAUCAAGGGCGGCGAAUAUGAGAUGACAUUUGGUAGCCUCGCGGACGUACAAGCAGAAGCGAACGGGCUGAUGGUCACCAACACGCCCCUGCUCGUGGCUGCAGCCAAGGAUGGAAGCACGACUCAGCUGGAUAAGAUCCCAACGAAGGAUAAGAUGACGGAUGGCAACCCGCCAGAGGCCGUAUCGCCAGAUGAGGGAAUCGCUACACUCACGCAGAUCAACCCCGACACUGAUAAGGCGAGGUCAAGAUACGAGGAGGCCCUGAAGCACAUUCACGACACAAGCGCGAUUAGGGAGAGCAAGCAGAAGGUUUACCAGAUGCUCCGCAGAGCCACCAAUGAUGACAGCCGCACCUUUCGACCCGAUGAUGCAAAGGAUAUGAGAGCGGCCAUUUGCUCCAACCUGCAUGACAGGGCUUCUGUUCCGCAUCCUCCGUCGCGUUCGGUCAAGGUCACUACACUUCAAAAUAUGACACCUCCAAAGGUCAGGAAAUUCAUGCACAGACUGCCAUUUCUGAUACGCCUGUUGUUGAACCCAGUAGCAUACUUCCACACCAUUCAUAUCAGCUCCAUUACCGCCGGUGGAUCCGGUAAAUGGCUGCAACAUCUCCUGCACGAGCUGGUCUUCAAGGAUUACGCCGAGAAGGAUGUUGGCAUUGCGAAGCUUGAACGACGCAUCUCAGGCUGGCUGUCGGAUGCCAAUUUUGUGCUGCAAGUUGCCAAUAUCGUUGGCAUAGCACAAGUCCCGAUGUCGACAGUAUUUGACAUCACGACGCAAAUGCGAUUCGAUGAUUUGAUGGCCUACAGGACGUUGCCCAAGCAAAUCGACUUGAAACAGGUGGUUCGACUAGGCGGCGCCGAUGCUUCGAUCACAGUACCCUCAUUCCUUCUUCCUCAUCACGAACAUAUCCUUCCACCGUGGCCGACUCAAGAAAUGCAAGAGCAAAAGGAGGCGCAGGUCGCUGAAGCCGACGGAAUUCCUAAGCAGAUCCAAGCGGAGCAGGAACUGGCGCAGACUCGGAAGGACGAGACGAAUCUGAAGCUCUCAGUGCACGCGCGCCUACCGGCAGUGUUUGACCAAGAGCUCCUCGAUUUCGUUGCUGCCCUGAUAAAGGCCACCAAGAUUAUCGAGAUGGAACGCGGCCCGGAUAUUGCAGCUACGGCAACUGCUGCGGCGCUGUCCGGGUAUGCGGAUGACUCAGAGAGCGAGACAGAACAGCCGAAGCGUAGUUUCAAGCAAUUCAUGGGGAAUCUGGGAACCGAAGCGAGGACGCUGGGCACGGAUAUGAGGAAGGGCAUGAGACGGGCUGCAGUCGAUGCGGUGACGAAUGAUAGGUGGAUUGCGAAACUGGUGGGGAAAGUCACCAGGAAGCUGGAAGUGGCCAAGGGCGAUCUUGGAUAUUCUGGGGAUAUUCCUAUACAGCUGGCAUCAUACAGAGCACUGGCGAAGGAGGAGAAGACGAAGUUGUUGCCGUAG